CUAGAGGGUUGGAACUUUCAACUCCACCCACCAGCCUCUGGGAAGGAAGAUGUGGGGAUGGAGAUCAAGCUCUGUAAAAACUCAUGCACAGUGAUAUUUGAUGAGCUUCCAUGUUGGUGAACACAUCAAGGGCUGAAAGGGUAGCAUGGCCAGAGAUGGCAUGGAAGCUCUGCUCUAUACUCCUUUCCCUUCUGCUUACCUUGCCCUGUGCAUCUCUUUCUGAAUGGCUGAUCCUGAGUUGUAUCCUUUAUAAUAAACUGGGAAAUGUAAGUAAAGUGUUUUCCUGCGUUCUGUGAGCCAUUCUAGCAAAUUAUUGAACUAGAGGAGGCAGGGGUUAUAAGAACCCUCAACUUAUAGCCAGUCGUUCAAAAGUAUGGGAGGACCAGUUUGUGAUUAUCAUCUGAAGUGGAGGGAGUCUUGUGGGACUAAGCCCUUUAACUUGAGGGAUAUAAUGCUUAUUCCAGAUAGGUAGUGUUGGAAUUAAAGUAAAUUGUAGGACAUCCAGUCGCUGUCCAGAGAGUUGGAGAAUUGGUAAGAAUAGGAAAAAAACCCCCACACAUUUGCACACAGAAGUGUUAGUAUGAGUUAUAGAAAGAAAAAAAAUGUUGUCCUUGCUAUACAGCUUGUCAGAAAUGUUGUGAGUAGAGAAACUCUGUGCUUCGGACAUAUGUAUGGAUUCAUUUCACAUUUAAACUUCCCUAUUAAUCAGUACCUAUAUUGAAAAAUCUUACAUUUUAUCAUAGUACUGUUUUAUUACUAUUUUCUGCAACUGAUGAAUGAAUCUUGUUUUCUGCCUUUGUAUUUCAGAGGGAAAAGAUAAUAUCUUCUACUUAAUCCUGGAUACUAUAUCCAAAGUCAGAGCAUCUACUCCAAAGAAGAAAAUUUCUGAAAACCAAAUAAUGCCAUCAUAUGAUGUUAGAAUUUUUUUUCAAAUGAUGGUUCCUAAUAGUGCACAUUAGAAGAACUGGAAUUUGAAGACCAGUUUCAGAAACACCAGUAUCACCAGAUUACAAGAAAAAGCAAUUCAAAAGGAAGAUCAUGAAUAUAACAAGGGAAACAUUUAAUCAAAGAUCAAAGCUUUUUAAACAACUGAGAGUUUUUAUAAGAAAAGGACCUCAGACAGUAGUCUCCACUUAUUCAUGGGGGGUACACUCUGAGACCACUCAGAAGAUAUCUGAAAUCACUGAUGUACCAAACCCUAACCAGGUUGUUAGUACGAGCUACUGUGACCAAUGGAUGGGUCGUAUAUAUAGUGUGGAUACACUGGACAAAGAGAUGAUUCACAUCCCAGGCAGGACAGAGCAGAUCACACAAGAUUUCAUCACAGUACCCAGAAAAUCACACCAUUUAAAAGUUAUAAAUUGUUUAUUUCUGGAAUUUUCCAUAUAAUAAUUUUUGACCACAAUUGCCCAUGGACAACUGAAAUCAUGGAAAGUGGAACUGUGGAUAAGGCAGGACUACUAUAACUGUGACAUCAAUGGUAGGAACCUGAAGCAUAAUUCUGCUGUAGUUGAUUUUUUCAAAAGGCAACUCACGAUUGAAAAAUAAUUUAUCAGAUAUAAGAAAUAUUGCAUUAGUAUCUCAAAUUUGCUUAUUCUAGAAAUAAAUGUAAAGCCAACAUUGAGAUAAAUAAUGUAUCUCAAACUUUACUUAUUCUGGAAAUAAAUGUAAAGCCAACAUCUUUACAUACCCACAAAAAUUUAAAAAUAAAUAAAUGUGAAAACAUAGUCCAGUACUGAUGGAAUCUAAGAAAAUUUGUAUGACAGUGAAACCAUACCUCUGUACUGAAUGUGGGAAAGGCCACACUUGUAUUGAAUCCUUGAUCCAGCAUCAGAAAACACAUGUUGGAGAGAAACCUUAUGAAUGUAAAAUAGGUGGUAAAUCCUUCACCUGGAACACUAACCUUAUCCAAUAUCAAAGAAUACAUACUGGAGAGAAACCUUAUGAAUGCAAUGAAUGUAGGAAAGCUUAGAGCACUAAACUUAUUCAGCAUCAAAGAGCCCAUACUGGGGAGAAACCUUAUGAGUGUAAUGAAUGUGAAAAAGCCUUUAGUCAUAGGUCAUCCCUUAGAAAUCAUGAUAGAAUCCAUACUGGAGAAAAACCCUAUCCUUGUAAUGAAUGUGGGAAGGCCUUCAGUCAUAUCUCUGCCCUCACUCAACAUCAUAGAAUUCAUACUGGAAAGAAACCAUAUGAAUGUAUUGAAUGUGGAAAAACCUUCAGCCACAGCAGCCACCUAAUUGAACAUCAGGGAAUUCAUUCUGGGGAAAAAUCCUACCAGUGUAAGGAAUGUCGGAAAGUUUUUUGUCACAGUAUGUCACUAAUCCGACAUCAGAGAACCCACACAGGAGAGAAACCAUAUCAAUGAAAUGAAUGUGGGAAAGCAUUAAGCCAUACCCCAGCCUUCAUUCAACAUCAAAGAAUUCAUACUGGAGAAAAACCCUAUGAGUGUAAUGCAUGUGGAAAGGCCUUCAAUCAGAGUGCACAUCUUACUGAACACCAGAGAACUUAUACCGGAGAGAAGCCUUGUGGUUGUAAAGAAUGUGGAAAAACCUUCAGUCGAAGUACACAACUUAAUGAGCAUCUAAAGAUUCAUUCUGGUGUGAAACUAUGUAAGAAAUGUCAGAAACUGUUUUGCUGUAGAAACUCACUAAUUCGACAUCAGAGGACGAAUACAGGAGCGAAACUCUACCAGUGUAAUGAAUGUGGGAAAUCUUUCAGCUUAAGCUCAGCUCUUACUAAACAUAAGCAAAUACAUGCAAGAAACUCUAGGAUUGUUAUGUGAGGAAUAACUUCAGGAAAAACACUCAUUUACUUAAUAUUAUACUAUUUGUACUGAGAAGAAAGGCUAUUCUUUUAAUCUACAAAAGGUGUUAUUGAAAGAGAAAGUGAUAAUGGAAGUGUUCAUUCAAAACUGAGGUUU